AUGGUCCUCAAGCUCAAGCAACCCAAUCGCUCCAAUGCGGGCCCCGCAUCGACAUUCGAUACCUCUGCUAUUGUGCGCGGUGUUAUCGACGAUAUCCGUGCUAACGGCGACAAAGCUGUGAGAACAUACUCGGAGAAAUUCGACAAAUGGAGCCCCGAAAGCUUCAAGUUGUCGCCAGAAGACAUUCAGCAAAUCAUCUCGACCGUUCCUCAACAGAUCAUCGAUGAUAUCAAGCAAGUUCAGGAGAAUGUGCGGACUUUUGCUCUCGCACAGCGAGCUUCGCUGAAGGACUUUGAGCUGGAGAUUCGUCCUGGAGUUCAUCUUGGACAGAAGAAUGUUCCUAUUAACUCCGUUGGCGCUUACAUCCCCGGUGGUCGCUACCCUCUCCUCGCUUCCAGCCACAUGACUAUUCUGACUGCUAAAUGCGCCGGCGUCCCUCACGUCACUGCAUGCACACCCCCAAUCGCCGGUAAGAUCCCCGCCAACACCGUGGCCGCGAUGCACUUUGCCGGCGCAGACGCAAUCUACAUCCUGGGCGGUGUCCAAGCCGUCGCUGCCAUGGCCAUCGGCACAGAGACAAUGAAGAAGGUCGAUUUCAUCGCCGGACCGGGUAACGCCUUCGUGGCCGAGGCCAAGCGUCAACUCUUCGGCGAAGAAAUCGGCAUUGAUCUCCCCGCGGGCCCAACAGAAGUCCUCAUCGUCGCCGACGAACACGCCGACCCAUUCACCGUCGCAACCGACCUCCUCUCCCAAGCCGAGCACGGCCCCGACUCGCCAGCCGUGCUAAUCACCAACUCGCAAAGCGUGGGCGAAAAGACCAUCGCCGAGGUAGACCGGCUACUCAAGAUCCUGCCCACCGCCGACAUCGCCAGUGUAUCCUGGGAUCGCCUCGGCGAAGUCAACGUCGUGGACAACCUCGACGAAGCAUACAAACUAGCCGACGAGUACGCGUCCGAACACGUCCAGAUCCUGACGCAACAGCCGCGCGAGGCACUGGAGAAAAUGUCCAACUACGGCGCCCUGUUCCUGGGCGAGAAGACCUGCGUGUCGUACGGUGACAAGUGCAUUGGCACGAACCAUGUUCUGCCUACUCGUGGCGCGGCGCGGUAUACUGGCGGUUUGUGGGUGGGCAAGUACCUGAAGACGGUGACUUAUCAGGAGGUUACUUCUGAGCAGGAGAGUGGCGAACUUGGUCGUCUUUGUGGACGGGCUGCGCGGGCGGAGAACUUUGAGGGCCAUGCUCGUUCUGGUGAUGCCAGGGCUCAUCGGUACUUGGGUGAUAAGUUUGAGUGGAUUUAG